GUGUUUGACAAGAAGCGUUUUCUCUAAAUUGACGAGAGAGCACCGCCAGUGACUGGAUUGUUAAAAAAAAAGAGUUUUAAAAUAAAAGAAAGAGUUAAAAAAAUAAAACAGAGUUCAUGUGGGAUCUCAGUACCAAACAGAUAUUGCAUGUCGGAGGUAAGAAAUAUUUGGUUUAACGUCUUUACAAAUAGUUAACUCUUUCCCCACCAAUGAUGAGUUUAAGGCAAUCUAUAUUUCCGCUAUAAUCCACUAGGUGGCGGGCUUACCCAACUUAUAAAACACUGGAGUAUUCACUGAUAUCAUCUGAUCUCUAACAAACAUCCUUAUAUUUACCUUUUGCACAUUUUAUUUAUGUUAAAAAGCUCUUUCUACAGUAGCUUUUUCUAAUAGUAUUUUUCUAAAUCUUUUUGCACAUUUUAUUUAUGAGCUAUUUCUAGCUCAAGCUUAUCCAAAAACUUAUAAAAGGAUUUAUUAUUUUUCACAAAGUUGUCUGUUGAUUGCUGAAUAUAAAACCCCUUCAAUAUAGGAGUCGUCGAAUCUUAUUAGAGUAAUAAAUUAGAGUACCGGGCACCUCUUUUGGGUCACUUCAAGCACUGCUUAAAACCCACCCAUAUUUGAAAGGUGAUGAAUAAAAAUGGGAUGAAACUAUUUUAUUUGAAAGCAGAGGGAUCAGCAUUAAACUUUUGUGAAAAUCAUAAAAAAUGUGGGUGCUGGCUGGCAUCGUAAAAAAAUCCGCUGGCGUUAAAGAAGUCCGCUAAAUGCUCCACUAUUUGUUAAAAUGGAUAGAACUGUAUAACUGUCAUACAUAUUAUUUCUGUUAUUUAACAUGUUUGUUUAAUUUGUUAAGUCUUUUCGUGAAUAUUGAGUGUUGAUGUUAACGAGGAACUAAAGUUCGUUUGCGUUGCACACGGACAUUUUUGAGGUGCAACAGGAAAAAGGUUUAUGCUCUGGUGAGAAGAAGUUAUUUCUCUGCUCGUGUAUUAAAGAGUUACGUGUACUACAAGAUUUACUCGUAUUUUGAGCAAAUAACUAAAGAUGUUUUUUCUUUUUGUGUUUUAAGCAAAGGAUUAAAGAAGAUGCGUUUCAUUUUUUGUGUUUUGAACGGGUUUUUCAAGAACUCAUUCCCUCUUGGUUAUAUGCAGCCAGCGAGUUUGACGGUGGUUUUCAUUGCCGGUUAAUGUGAUGACGGAGAAAUGGAUGACAAGGCAAUAAAUCCAUCAGUAAUCAGAACAACGGUGUCGUUUAUUUCCUGGAGGGAGUGAUAGUCAAACUCGGAUCUGCGUCAACGUUCCCGAACCUGCUCGUCCCCGGCACAGAUACAGAUAAGCCCACGUUUACCGUUAAGGAUCUGCAGUUCAUCAGUGUUUCAUUAAGACGUCCAUAAGUCAGACACUUAAGUUUGUGUUCUGAAAAGUGACAAUAAGUUUGAACACUACAAGGGACUGUGUAACCUUAAUUAUAAUUGUGGUUUAAAUUGUACAAGGGAAAUUUAUUGAUAUAGUCUAUUGAAGAAAGAUAGAAAGUGAUUUCUUUUUUUUUUGUACAUUUAAGCAAACCAAUAUCUUUCACUUUUUUGAAGUUUAUUUAUUAUUAUAAGUUAUUAUUUUCAAAGAAUGUUUACCUUUAUGCAAUAUUACGUAACCUUUACAAUGUUUACUUAAUUGAGGGGUUGAACUAAAAGCAAUUGACAUAAUUUAAUUUGAUUGUUCAGAAAAAAGAAAAGAAAAAAGGGCAGUUUAACUACACAGCUAAUUUUAAGUGUGUUCAGGCUAUUUCCCAGAUAAUGUAAGAUGUCUCAAACGAGUGAAAGGGAACAAGUGUCAGGGAAUGCUACCAUUGUACAACAAGCAGUACAGCCUGCAGAACCUCGUAGAAGUGAAAGAGAUCGAACAUUAACAGAAAAAGGAAGGGAAUUUCAGAAGGAAAAGUGAAAGUAUUAAUACUUCGCUUUGACAGUAUUUAUGAAUGCUGGAAGGUUUUGACAAAGGUGGCUAAAAAAAUCUGUAAUCAAACAAGAUCCCAGUGAUAUCCUUCAAGAACACAUUAAAGGUAUUCAAAGAGAAAAAUCAGAGAUGAACAGUGUUUAUGAUGAAUAUCGAAAAAUUGACACCCCAUCUCAUGACAUGAGGCGCAAGUUGGACAGAUGUCCAUCCACCACCAGAAUUGUAAUACAGAAUGCUCAAUCUCAAAUGCAAGGAAAGGAGGAAGAGAUUAUAUGGCCUGAUGCUUCAUCUGUAUUUGCUUCUUUAACCUCCAGUGUUUCAUUUCAGAGCAAUAAUUCUAAGUCCAUUCACUCUGCUGUAUCCUCAUCAAAAAGACAAGAAGCUGCUGCUGAAUAUGCACAUACACAGGCUGUAUUGAAGAUUAUGAGUGAGCAAGAAAGCCACCAAGCAGAACUACAGAGACUUGAAGCUGAGGAUAAGUUAAUAGUUGCAGACCAAGAAGCAGCUGCAUCAACUUGCCGCCUUCAAAGAGAAAAGGAAGAAAUUGAGCACAAAAUAGAAAAAGAGAGACAAGAGGCUGCUCUGUUAAAGAGACAGCAUGAAGAAAAUGCUGCAAGAAAAAGGUCAGUUGAAAAUUUGAAAAGAGAGCUUGAGCGUUUGGAAGAGCUAAAGAAGCUUAACGCAGCCAAAGCAAAGCUUCAAGUGUACGAUGCAAAUGAGUUCUAUCCAACCCAAGACUUUGUACCACAAAACUCUGAAGGUGAGCUACCUACAGAUAUGCAGAUAAUCUGUCAAGUGAGUACUGCUGAUCAGCAUCAUCCACCACCGCUCCGAGAUGAGACUCCAAGAAGUGAACUUCAAAAUGCGAUGCGAGAGCUGGUGAAGGUCUUAGCUGAAGCUAUGACAGCAAACAGGCUACCCAUUCCAGAGCCUUCAAUAUUUAGUGGAGAUCCACUCAAGUUUAAUCAUUGGAAAUCAUCAUUUCAGACACUUAUAGAGAAAAAGAAUAUUCCAACCUCAGAGAAAGUCUUCUUCCUUCAAAAAUAUGUGGGAGGAGCUGCUAGAGAAGCCCUAGGUCAUCAUUUUCUGGUUGGUUCAGAAGAUUCAUACAGUGCAGCAUGGGACCUGCUCAAUGAAAGAUAUGGCCAACCCUUUGUAAUUGCCAAGGCUUUUUGAGACAAACUACAUACAUGGCCAAAAAUAGCUCCAAGAGAGAGUGCUGAGUUGAGAAAAUUUGUGGACCUUUUACGCAGUUGUGAAAGUGCUAUGUCUAACAAUGACAGUCUCCACAUUCUUAAUGAUGGAGUUGAGAAUCAAAAACUUACUGCUAAGUUACCUGACUGGUUAAGCUCCAGAUGGAACCGAAAGGCCACACAAUAUCAACUUGAACACAGAAGGUUCCCAAACUUCAGUUAUUUUGUGGCAUUCCUUUCAAUGGAGGCUAGCAUCGCUUGCAACCCCAUUACAUCUUUUCAUGCAUUACGGCAAGGUGAAUCUGAUAAAGCAAAGAUCAGGAGCCAGAACGUUAUGACCUCCAAGAACCAAACCAGGAAGGUGCCAAGAUCUUCACGACAAACACCAUUAAGAGGAAAAUAGACACGUGUGUUUUGCAAAAAACCAGGACACAGCUUACACAAAUGCUAUAAAUUAAGAGAGAAGCCAGUUGCUGACCGCAUAAAAUUUAUGCAAAGUGAAAAGCUGUGCUUCGGCUGUUUGAGCCCUGGUCACCAGUCUAAAAGCUGCAGUAACUGGAUGGUCAUGCUCAAAGAGGCACCCCACAUGCUUGCACGAAGAACGUUCAAAAGGGGACCAAGACCCAAAGAAGGAAAAAUCUAAGGAAAGAACUCAAACACAAGAUGUCACAAAGGAAACAACUUCUAACAGAGUUGUGCAAGAUACUACCAGUGCACAGACGUCAGCAAUAGUGCCUGUCUACGUGUCAACGCCAAGUGAUCCAGACAAGGAAGUUCUCGUCUAUGCUCUGUUAGAUUCACAGAGUGACUCUUCAUUCAUUCUUGGUGAAGUGGCAGAUGUUCUUGAUACAAACACUGAACAAGUGAAGUUAAAACUAUCUACAAUGUCAUCAAAAGGGACAAUCAUUCACUGUAAAAGACUUAACAGCUUACAAAUAAGGGGCUUAUUUUCCUCUAAGAAGUUAACAGUGCCAACAGUUUACACACGUGACUUUAUCCCUGCUAAUCGCACACACAUGCCUGAGACGGCAAAGGCAUGGCCUCACUUGGGAGCAUCUUGCUGACCACAUUGCGCCUCGAAAGGAUUGCAAAAUUGGUCUGUUGGUUGGAUACAAUUGCCCACAAGCUUUAAUGCCACGAGAAGUCGUUUGUGGAGAGGAAAGCCAGCCAUUUGCUCAGAAGACCGACUUAGGAUGGAGUUAUGGUGACCCAGGAGAACACUACCGCGAUGCAAUUGGAGUAAGUCAUCGCAUCAUCGUAAAACAAGUCAUGCCUGAAGUGAAUGCAAUGGUCAAGCUUAAAGGAGAAGUCCACUAUGUUUGCAAUACGAAGGUCAGUGAAAUGGUCACUCCAGAUGACAUAAUUAAGAUGUUAGAAUCUGAUUUCAGUGAGAGUGUUGGAGACGAGACAACCUUUUCUCAAGAAGACCUACACUUCAUCAGGGCUCGAAAUUGCGACCAUUUUGGUCGCAUAUGCGACCGAAAUUUAACCUGUGCGACUGUUAAAUAUAUUUGGGAGCAUUUGUGCGACUGCCCAUUUUGUUGUGGUACGACUUUAUUUAUAUGCUGUGUGCUGUACUGUCCUGGGAUCAGUGUUUUCUCCAACGUUACAUCACCAAUCAAAUUUCACCAUUAAGUUCUUGCGUUUAAUGAAGACCGCAGAUUGGCUAAAAUGAGUGUAAACAAUUCCUUGUCGCCGUGCUGUUACGUUGCUACGCAGAGCGCGAAAAUUUUUAAAAACAACCACAAGCAUGAAGAGAACAUUGAAAGAUUUCUUUUGUAAGCCGACUACCACCACUACUGUAAUUGAUGGCGACGAUGCAGAAUCAUGUGGGAUUGCACCACCGGAAAAAAAAGCUUACUUGUUUCGCAGAGAGUGGCUUAAAGACUUCGAGUGGCUCCGUUA